AUGAAUCGUUCCGCAAAGCUGUGGCAGAUACUGCGUGGCCCCAUGAUACGGCCGCUCGGCAAAUCGCCCAUUGGGCUACCUGGCGACGUACAGCGGACGUUCCAUUCAGCAGCCCGCCGCCUAGCGGAGGCCACACAGAACCAGAGGCGUGACGAAGACAUUCGCGCGCCAUUGAUCCGGCUUGUUGACCCACAAAGCGGUCAACUGCAAGGUCCCUUCAAACCUUUGGAUAUCCUAGCGAAGAUCGAUCGGAAAGAGUUUAUGCUUCUUCAAGUCACCGAGGGCCCUAAAUCCGUGGAGAAGCGCCAGGAAUGGUCGAUGAAUGAGCUUCCUAUCUGCCGCUUGGUCAGCAAGCGCGAAUCAUACAAGCGCGAACGCGAGAAGAAAAAAACAGCCGCACCCUCGGCCCCCAAAAUGUUCCAGCUAACAUGGAAUGUCACGGGCAAUGAUCUGUCUCACAAGGUCGCCAAGGCACGUCGUGAUCUGGAACGUGGUCAUGUGGUGCGUGUCGUGGUGGUAUCGAAGAAGGGCACAGCGCGUGUCAUCCCAGGUAGCUUGGAAGAAGAACGUCGGUUGGCCAUGGUUGAUCAGCUUCAAGCGGAUCUAUGUGCACCCUCAUCGGAAGGCGGGGGCAACAUUGCUCGUAUGCGUUCCGAGCCCUUAUGGAAGAACCGACGUGUGAUUGCGGAAUUGACACUCGACCCCAUAACGAAAUAG